AUGAACGAAAAUCUAUUUGCCUCUUUCAUAGUCCCAAUCACACUAGGCAUUCCCAUCACCACUCUAAUUAUUAUAUUUCCCACCAUACUAUUCCCAACACCAAACCGAUUAAUCAAUAACCGUAUAAUUACUAUCCAACAAUGACUUACCAAACUCACAUCAAAACAACUGAUAGUGACACAUAAUCCCAAAGGACAAACCUGAUCUCUAAUACUCAUCUCGCUUUUCCUUUUCAUCGCCUCCACAAACCUUCUUGGAAUGUUACCUCACUCAUUCACACCUACUGCUCAACUCUCUAUAAACUUAGGCAUAGCCAUUCCAUUAUGAGCUGGUACCGUCUUUAUCGGUUUCCGUAAUAAGACAAAAAUAUCUCUAGCCCACCUUUUACCAUUAGGCACACCCAUUUUCCUAAUUCCUAUGCUGGUAAUAAUCGAAACUAUCAGCCUAUUUAUUCAACCCUUAGCUCUAGCAGUACGACUAACAGCGAACAUCACAGCAGGUCACCUAUUAUUACACCUAAUUGGAAGUGCAACUCUUGCAUUAAUAAGCAUUAGCCUAUUCACAGCUCUCAUCACAUUUAUUAUCCUCACUCUAUUAGUCAUCCUCGAAUUCGCUGUAGCCCUGAUCCAAGCCUACGUAUUCACCCUACUAGUAAGCCUAUACUUGCAAGACAAUACAUAA